AUCCGUAACUUCCUUCCCGCCCUCCUCCCUCUCUCGCUCUCCCACCCCCAGUUAACAGACGGACCUCCGUCGGCUCGCCGAUCACCCUGAGCACAGAUCGUAGAGGCCGCCGCUUCGAAGGGCAGUUUGGCCGGUCGAGGAAGAUGGAGAAGAGCAGUAGUCAAAGCAGCAACACUUUCCUCCCGCAAGAGAUCAUUUGGGAUAUAUUGCUGAGGCUCCCGGUGAGGUCAUUGUGCAGAUUCAGACUUGUAAAGGGGAAAUUCUUCUUCUCCGCCGACUAUCCUCAAGAUCCGGAGGACCUGGUCCAGGUUUCGAGCUCUCAUGGUCGAAUCAGCACGACGGGGUUCACGAUUUCACAGUCUGUCGGCGGUUUGGUCUGCAUUGAUACUGAUGAGGGAAUCCAAAUCUGUAACCCUAGCACCGGAGAGUGUAUUACCUUUCCGACACUUCCGGACCGGGCCAGUGAUUGCUUUUUGGGAUAUGACCCGAUCGAAAAGAAGCACAAGCUUUUGAGAUCCUCCUAUCUGGAACCAUUGACGGAGAUCGACGUUUUAACUCUCGGCGAGAAGGAGUGGAAAAGAAUAAAUCUUGAUCUGGGUUUUAUUGUAGAUUUGGGAGAGAGUGUAUGCAUUGAUGGGGUGAUGCAUAUAUAUGCUCUAUCCGUAGAUCAUGAGUCCUAUUUUUUGUUAUUCGAUGUUAGGUCAGAAAAUUUUCGAGCGAUUCCCUUCCCUGAAGAGUACGAGUAUGAUGCUCGUAGGUAUUUGAUGGAGUUUGGUGGGCGUGCUGCUUUAGUCGAUUACCAUGCGGUCGCUGUGGAGGGUUUGGGUGGCGAGAUUAGAUUGUGGAUACUGAAGGAUGCCCAAAAUCAAGUUUGGAGCUGCAAAACGGUUACCCCAUCUCUUCACUUGGGUGAUACUCUUUCUUAUAAGCCGCUUUGUGUUGGUGUCACUCACGAAGGCGAAUUGAUCUUUGCACCACCGCUGUAUAUGGGACCGUUUCACUGUUAUCUGUACCACGUGGAGAACGCUACUUUCAGGAAAGUUGAGAUCCGUGGGUUAUAUGAACGUAUAAUUGGCCUGAGGUGCUUAUAUGAUGAUAAGGUGGCUGUUAGUUAUCAUGUGGAAAGUCUACAGUCGCUCCGUGACAUUCGUUUCGACUAGUGAGAUGUGCCACUUUUGUGCAUUCGUCGUGCAUGUUAGUUUUGAAGCUUGGAGGUGCAGGGGGGAUGGUAAAGACGAGGAAUAGACAACCUUUUAUGGAGAUGAAAGGUGAAGGCGGGGGCAGGAGCUAUAUCAUGGAGUUAGCAGGAAACCGGAUACUCUCUUAAUCUUUGUGGAUUUGAGGACAAAGAAUGGAAGGAAAGAAUCAUCUGCAUGAUGUAUAUACGUAGGUGUUCAAUAUGCUUGUCUUGUGAGCAAAUGACCUGACAAUAUUCCAAAGUAUAAUGAAGUUUUUUGUGCGUCUUUUGAUUGUCAA